AUGGAAUCCAAGACGAAAAACAACGCCGAGCUCUGCUCGAGGCUCUCGCACCUCUGUAGUUACCUGGCGCUGAGUGUCGCGGGGUUUUACGACAAGUUGAUGGGUAGGCGCGGCGCAGGCAAACAAGGAGACUCAAACCCA